AUGUCUGCGGUGAACGAAGGGUGGACUAUCUGUUAUCAUACAGAAUUAACAGCUUUCAUUACAUCUCAUAUUUUGUGCUCUGUGUCCCUGUUGACAUCGACAGCAAUAAGCGUGGACAGACUUCUCGCGCUUUUGCUGAUGUUGAAAUACAGGCAAGUUGUAACUUUGCGAAGAACAUAUUUAACUGUCAUCGUUGUUUGGGUUUUUUGUAUCGUCGCAACAUCAAGCUACUUUUUGAAUCCAGUGGUGUUGCCUUGGUUUAUCUACACGGGUAUAUCUCUGUCUCUAGUUACCUCAAUUUUGUCUUACACGAAAAUUUUCUGCACUUUACAUCGUAACCAAAACCAAGUAGGGGACUUGGGAAACAUAAGCCAAGAAAUUCCACUGAACAUAUCUCGAUACAGAAAUGCAGUGUCCACAGCAUUGUGGGUGCAGGUGACACUGGUUGUUUGUUAUUUUCCCUAUGGUAUAACGGUAGCUUUAACGCCCCCAAGAGAUUUACCUUCAUAG